ACAGAACAGUUACAACAGUGACUUAGACUAGCUUGACAAGAAUGAUGAUCUAUUCCUUCACUUCUUGUGAUCUAAUCUAAAUUUCUUUCAUCUCUAGAGCUAUAUCUAGAAAUCAUGGUAAUUAUGAAUGAGUUCACGGAAUUACUGAGAUCUAUAGACUGCAGAUGUAUCAUCUAAAUCUAGAUGGAGCCACAAAGAUUUCUAAGAAAAUGAAAUUGCUUCACGAACUUGUUUUUGAUAGUGCUUCUAAGCACCCCCACAAUUAUUGUGUAAUAUUCGAUGAUGGUGAUGAUGGAGGAUUUCAUAAUCAAACUCAUGGUUAUAAUUUCAAUUCUGAGACCAAACUCUCAUAUAAGCAGUUAAUUGAACUUGCUGAUAAGUUUAAGCAAGUGUUCCAAUGUUUACAAAUGGAUAAACAAUUAAUAGCUGUAUGCCUAGGAGACUGCUUUUACCUACCCCCAGUUUUACUAGGGUUACUCUCCUGUGGUUGUGUCUUCCAUCCAAUUAGUUUGGAUGCACUAAACUACACUAGACAGGCAUUGGUCUCGUCUGGUGUUACUUGGAUGAUAAUACAUGACAGGUUUUUGAAGACAUUCAAUUCAUUGAUUCAAAGUUUCAAUGGACGACAAGUUAUCUCAGAUACUUUACAAACAUUUCAUCUUUUGUUAAUUCAACUGGAAACCUCUGCAUCAUUAAGUCAACCUUCAGACUUGGCCUACUGUAUCACAACAUCAGGUACUACAGGUUUACCAAAGGUCAUCAAAGUCUCACAUUCCUCUAUUGUUCCCAACAUCUUACACUUGAGAGAUAUUUUAAAACUUUCUCCUGAGGAUAAAGUACUUCUGACUUCACCCCUGACUUUUGACCCAAGCAUUGUAGACAUUUUCUGCACUCUUUCUUGUGGUGCCUGCCUUGUGAUCGUUCCUACUGAGUUAAAACAUAAUCCUGACCAAUUCUUAAAAACCAUUCAUCACAGACACAAAAUAUCUGUUUUGCAGGCUACCCCAAGUCUUAUGAGAACAUUAUCACCUUCAAGACUUCAGACUACAUUACUUGGGUCAGAGUUACCUCUGCGUGUUCUGGCACUGGGUGGAGAAAAGUUUCCUGAGUUCUCAGAACUGAUGACCUGGAUAAGCAAAGACAACAAGACAACACAACUGUACAAUUUGUAUGGUGUCACAGAAAUGUCAUGUUGGGCUACAUGUCAUCUGGUUGACAUCACUGAUAUCUUAACAAAUCAAGAUGAUGUUCCUCUUGGCACAACCUUAGAUAAAACAGUGAUUAAACUUAAACCACAUAAUUCUAUCAAUGAAGGGGAAAUUUGGUUAGGAACUUCAGAAAGACUUUGUUAUAUCAACAAUGAACUACCUCUAAUGGAAGCUGGAACAAUGUGGAUCAAUACUGGAGACUGGGGCAGAAUGACCACAACUGGGACUAUUGUCUUUUCACAUAGGAUGGAUGAACAAGUGAAGAGAAUGGGGAAAAGGAUGAAUUUAGCAGCCAUUGAAAUGGUUAUAAGGUCAGUUCCUGGUGUGGUCAACUGCAGUGUUCAGUUAGAUGACCAACAGUUAUUGGCUUUUAUUGUUACAGACACACCUAUACCUGACCAUGCUGAGAAAGUAGAGUGCUUAACAUAUGGAGAGUCAGAAAGUAAAAAGAAAGGAGAUGGACACUGGUCAGAAAUAAAAUUGAACUUAAUGAAGACACUAGAAGAUGCCCUUCCCAGUCACUGUAAGCCGGAUCAUUUUAUCCAUGUCUCUGAAGGACUUCCAAUCACAGCUAAUGGCAAACUAGACAAAAGAAAAUUAUUAAAGUUGGCAAAGAAAAGGAAAUGCCUGGAUGGCUUCGGUUUACAAAAAAAUCCAUUAGAAUCAGCUCAAGAUUUAUGGCUGUCUGUGUUGUCUUUAAAAAUUGGCCACAUUGAUCCCUCUGAUACUUUUAUGUCACUUGGAGGUGAUUCACUGGCAGCUGUGAGACUGAUCAAUAUUGUAGAAUCUCUGCAUGGAGACCAACUGAGCCACAUGUUUGAUGUGCUUGUGAACAGAGACUUUAAGACAUUUGUGGAUCACUGGACAAAAUAUGUACAUCUCAUCAGAUCUCCACAGGAGUCAGUGACUAGUGCAGGUGCUGUCAGGGACUCAGGGAAGGACAACUUACAAGAUCUAAAUCUAUAUUUGGAACAAGAAAAAUCAAAUGGUGAACUGACAAAGAAGAAGUUGAAAAACUCACAUCCAUCAAUAGAAGAUAUAUUUCAACCUUUGAAAAGUACAGUUAGUGUUAGGAAUGUAAUAUCAAGGGGAGGCAAUAUGCACAGCAUUUCUAAGCAAGCUAAUGUUCUGGCUAAUGUAGUCAACAAUGUUAGUUCUACACUUGGUCUUAAGUCUGGUUCUGUCAGACAUUUGGGUCUGGAGAUCAAGUGGAAAUACAACACAAAGAAAUGUGUGGAUGCCUCACCUUUGAUUGUUGAAUACAAGGACAGAACUCUGGUUUUCAUUGGUUCCCACUCAGGAUUGUUCAGUGCACUAGAUGUUGACAGCGGACAGGAAGUGUGGAGCAAACAAUUGUCAGACAGGUUAGAGUCUUCAGCAUGUAUUGAACCUGAGGCUGGUCUUAUUGUUGUAGGAUGUUACAAUGGCUUAAUCUAUGUGCUAGAUGCAAGAAGCGGACACACUGAAUGGACAUUUGAGACACAUGAUAUGGUGAAAUGUUGUCCAGUGAUAGACACUAAGACUAGACAUGUUCUGUGUGGGUCACAUGAUGGCUAUAUCUACUGCUUACAUGUACAGCAAAAAAAAUGUGUUUGGAAGCAAAACUGUGGUGGGAGCAUCUUCUCUUCACCUGUGAUAGACAAUACACAGUGUUUGCUUUUUGUUGCUACUCUGGCAGGACAAGUAUCUGCAUUGUCUCUGGAAACAGGAAAUGUCCUUUGGAGUGUUCAGCUCAAUAAACCUGUGUUUUCUUCAUUAUGCACAACUGGUCAUCAUGUUUUAGUUGGAUGUGUCAAUGGCUGUGUCUAUUGUCUUAAUACACAUGGAGAAAUGGUAUGGAGUUACAAAACUGAUGGACCAAUAUUUUCUACACCUGUUGUCUGUGACUCGUACAUCUACUUGGGCUGCCAUGACACCUAUAUUUACUGUCUUACUGAUAGUGGACAACUCCAGUGGCGGUUUAAAACUAACUCAACAGUUUAUGCUACAGUGUUUAUAGGUUGUAGAGAUGCGACUAUAACUUUACCUUCUGUUACAAAUAUCAACCAAGAAGACAGUCACAUCACUAGACCACAAAGUCCAGAUGCUAGCCAUGAGUGUCUAGACAAUGUCUGCUCUUGUCAACACAUUCAAAUAGCAGUGACUGCUGGAAGCAAAGGAACAUUGUAUGUGCUAUGUGCAGAAUGUGGCCUUGAAUUAGGUCAGACAGAUCUACCUGGUGAAAUAUUCUCAUCACCAAUUCAGUGUGGAAAACAAAUUGUUCUGGGUUGUAGAGAUAAUUAUGUUUACUGUUUUACUUUGACUUGAUUGUCUCUAUAAUAUGAUCUUCAAGAAUCAAUUCAUCUGUGAUCUUUGAUAUUCAGUGUUGGCUUCUGAACUGAAACAGAUCUUUACAUCAUUUGCCCUGUAGAUUGCAAGCUCUGAAAAAGUGGGGUACUGUACUCUGAGUUGAUUAGCUACUCUAAAUAUACCAGAAAAUAUUGAAAAAUCAUCCCUGCCAAUUCUUAGUUACAUUUAGCUUAUGAAAGGGACAGUUGGUGAUGAAGUAAAAACCAAAACUUGAGAGACUAGUCAAUAGAGACAAAAAGUUUGAAUCUUUCAUUCUCAGAAAUGUGUACAAUUUUUUGUAGGCUGAUGUAUGAUGUAAACUUCUAAAACAGUUUGAUGUUAGUAAAAAGUGCAAACCAUUUUAUCAGAUAUAUUGUAAGUCACAAAGAAAUCAACUUUAACUGAUUUUAAGAUAUUUAUUCAACUUUUCAUUAUUUUAUACAUUUUUUCCCACAAAAUGUCAACAUGAGGAUAAAUACAAUGUGUAUCAUAUAAAUAAAUAUAAUGAAAAUAUUACCUGCUUAUUACAUGCCCAUAAUUGUGUCAAGUUGUAAAUAUUUGUUGUGAAAAAAUGAAUUUGUAAAGUCAAUAAAUAUAUUUGUCAUUUAACCUCAUGAACACAAUGAAAAUAAAUGCUUUCAAUUAAAAAACAAGGUAACUAGUAUGAAUUCAUAAAUCUAAGACUGGUAUUUUAGAUCACAAUAUAAUGUUGUAACUAUACUGUGUCAGUGUUCAGUUCUGAGCUUAAAGCUCACACACUUGAUAUGAAAUUAAAAUACAUAAUAAAUAUAAUUUGCUGGAUUAGAA